GAUUUGGAUAUUGCCUUCCAUGGCAUCUCUCCUUGCUAUCAGAGAUAUCGUCGAGGGGGGUGAAUNNAGCAAAGUCACUAGUGAGACGGAUCUGGCCAUAAUAUCGAUAACCUGGGGCUUUACACUUGGAUUCGGCUUCUUGACAACAUGGACCGCCAUCAAACAGACAAGACACAUGUGGAAAAGACGCAAUGGUCACCUUAAUCAUCCGUAUAUCUGGAUGGUCUGGGCUGAGUUGGUGUCAAGUCUUGCACUGAGUAUCCUGUGUUGGCUUGUUUUACAAGGACCUCUGCCUCUCAACUGCUGGGUAGUCCAAGUUCAUUGUCUUUUCCAGAUCAUCAUCAACCGCGUCUCAAUCUUGAUGCUCAACCGGAGGCGAGCCAAGCAGCUCAAGAUCAGUGUUGUCAUCGGUAUCUUGUGUCUCAACGCCACUGUUUUCUGCAUCUGGAUUCCUGCAAAGCUUCAAGUCAACCAGACAUACGAGAGGCUCAAUGUUGUCUGGGAUCGUAUUGAGAAGGUCAUCAUCCUCCUUGUUGACGCUGGGCUCAACUAUUACUUCAUCCGUGUGGUCAGAAAGCAACUCAUCAAGCCUGGUCUCACCAAGUACACGCCGCUCGUUAGGUUCAAUCUUUGGAUGAUCAUUAUCUCGCUGGCGAUGGAUUGCUUGAUCAUUGGCAUGUUGUCCUUGAAGAACUCCUUAGUAUAUCUGAUGUUCCAUCCUCUAGCAUACAUCGUCAAGCUCAAGAUCGAGUUGUCAAUGGCCGAGCUCAUUGCCAUCGUGGCUCGAAACCAGGAGAACGGUCCCAUCCGUUUCAACAACCCGGGCAGCUCGAAUGGCACAAUCAACGGCAAGGGGCCCUACACAUUCAGUACCCAAACCACCCAGAGCAAACGAGCUUCUGUACUGAAGACUCCUGCAACACCUAACGAUGUCGAGCUCGGCAACGUCAGACCAGAAACGCCGGAAGCAAUGCACAGCCACUUCGGCAUCAUCGAAGAGGAAGAAGAGAGGCGCAACCAUGACAUCGAUAACGGCUUUGUGGUACACAGGCACAACGAGAUCACGGUUGAAGUCGAGAGCGCACCUUCAGAGCGAUCGGAAAAGAACGACAGUCAAAACGAGAACUUUGACUCGAGGAGACAUACCUCGGAGAGUGAUGAGGCCCCCUUGCGCAAACCGACAAACACUAUGGGUCUCAACACAAAGGUCUGGGGUCGCUAC